GGCUGGCAGCGGGUUCCCCGACAACAGGUGCACAUUCCCGGGCGCCUCGUCACUUCCCCUGUCCUGGCGGCUUCGGCCGCUCUCCGGACAGACUCACUGAGCGGAGCGGCAGGGCCAUGACCUUAGGGGCGCUGCUGCUGCUUCUGGGGGUGCUCGGGGCGCCCCUCGCCCCAGGUAAGUCAGUCUGGGCCCCGAGGAGGCAAUGGCAGGGGCCAUGCUCGCGGCCAGCCACCGGAGCGUCGCUUAAGUGCUUUCCUUCGCCAGGCGCCCGCGGGUCGGAAGCCGAAGGCCGACUGCGUGAGAAACUUUUCUCAGGCUACGAUAACUCGGUGCGGCCGGCGCGCGAGGUGGGAGACCGCGUCGGGGUCAGCAUUGGCCUCACCCUGGCGCAGCUCAUCAGCCUGAACGAGAAGGAUGAAGAGAUGAGCACAAAGGUGUACUUAGACUUGGAGUGGACAGACUACAGGUUAAGCUGGGAUCCUGCAGAACACGAUGGCAUCGAAUCUCUCCGCAUCACCGCUGACUCUGUUUGGCUCCCUGAUGUGGUGCUGCUGAACAACAAUGACGGAAAUUUUGAUGUUGCUCUGGACAUUAAUGUCGUAGUAUCCUUCGAGGGCUCUGUGCGCUGGCAACCCCCUGGCCUGUAUCGCAGCAGCUGCAGCAUCCAGGUCACCUACUUCCCCUUUGACUGGCAGAAUUGCACCAUGGUGUUUAGUUCCUACAGCUAUGACAGCUCUGAGGUCAGCCUGAAGACAGGCCUAGGUCCUGAUGGACAGGAAAGGCAGGAAAUCUACAUUCAUGAAGGGACCUUCAUUGAGAAUGGCCAAUGGGAGAUUAUCCACAAACCUUCUAGGUUAAUCCAGCGUCCAGGGGACCCCAGAGGAGGGAAGGAGGGCCAUCGAGAGGAAGUUACUUUCUAUCUCAUUAUCCGGCGGAAGCCUCUCUUCUACCUGGUCAAUGUCAUUGCCCCGUGUGUCCUCAUCACUGUCCUGGCCAUCUUCGUCUUCUACCUCCCUCCAGACGCAGGAGAGAAGAUGGGGCUCUCCAUCUUUGCCCUGCUGACCCUUACUGUGUUCCUGCUGCUACUGGCAGACAAAGUGCCUGAGACCUCCCUGGCGGUUCCCAUCAUUAUCAAAUAUCUCAUGUUUACCAUGGUCCUCGUCACUUUCUCAGUCAUCCUUAGCGUCGUGGUCCUCAACUUGCACCAUCGCUCACCCCACACCCACCAAAUGCCCUUUUGGGUCCGCCAGGUAAGACCUAUACUCACCAGGCUCUUGGGCAAGGGAGAACUACAGCUCCCAGAAGACCGUGAAGAGCUCCCGAAGAUAGUGUGGUCUAGCAUCAUGGGAGUUGUAGUAGCCCUGCUGCUGCUUGCUUUUCGAGAAGGUGGCAUUUUAAAGCUUACAGAGCCAGAAAUUUGUAAAAGUCUGGAGAGGUUUCAGCCUGAAUUAUCUGCCCCGGACCUGCGACGAUUUAUCGAUGGCCCAACCCGGACUGUAGGUCUGCCUCAGGAGCUACGCGAGGUCAUUUCUUCAAUCAGCUACAUGGCCCGACAGCUGCAGGAACAGGAGGACCACGAUGCUCUAAAGGAGGACUGGCAGUUUGUGGCCAUGGUUGUGGAUCGUCUUUUCCUGUGGACAUUCAUCGUUUUCACAAGCGUCGGGACCCUGAUCAUUUUCUUAGAUGCCACGUACCAUUUGCCCCCUCCUGAACCUUUUCCCUGAGGACCGGAGGGCCAUUUUUGCCAACAAUUGCAAGUGCUGUCAAGCUGUAACCACUUAACUCCUGUAAAAAUCUGGUUUCUGGGAAGGCGUUGAAGUGGGACUUGGGCUGGGUAGGUGCCUUAAAUGUACCUGAAGUGUCAUUAUUUAGGGUUUCGUCCUUUUGGGUUUUUUGUUUUUGAGACAGAGUCUCACCCUGUGGUCCAGGCUAGCUGGCAACUACAUAUCCCAGGCUAGCCUCAAACUUGCAGCAGUGUUAGUUCCUUAGCCUACCAAAUGUUGGGAUUACAGGCCUGUGAGCCAGCACACUUGGAUUUGGAUUCUUGAGGUUACACUGAAUGUCACAGCUUUGAUCUCUAAUGAAGUAGAAUUAUAAGCAGUAAAUUGUAAGCCUUUUGAGGACAGGAAAUGUGUUGGCUACUAUAAUGUUCCUAGCAAUGUACACAGGUCCUAGCCCAUAAGUGCUUAACAUUUAUUUAAUGAAGAGAGGGGAAAAAAAUUCUGGAAGGAAAUAUAGAAAAUAAUACUGGCUACAAGUGAAUGUAAAAAUUGUCUAUUUUUAACUUUCUAUAAUUUAUUUUUUUUGUAAUGAUUAUCACCUUUAAACUGAAAAGGUAUUUCUAAAAGGUCUGUAUUUGCAAUGAGGAAACAUUAAAACCGAAAUAAAACAAAACCUUUCAAGAUC